AUGUCCGACGACAACGCAAACGGCACACCUGGCGAGCAGGCCCCUGCGAACUCGGAACACCUUAACAUCAAGGUGACAGACAACAACAACGAGGUCUUCUUCAAGAUCAAGCGCACCACCAAGCUCGAGAAACUGAUGGGCGCCUUCUGCGAACGCCAGGGCAAGGCCACCAGCUCCGUGCGAUUCCUCUUCGAUGGCACGCGAGUUCAGCCCACGGACACACCGGAUGCGCUCGAGAUGCAAGACGGCGACACCCUCGAAGUUCACCAGGAGCAGGUUGGAGGAUAUUUGCUGUAG